CGGGUCCGCCUAGUGGCCGCCGCCCCCUGGCGUCCAUCCUGGGUACCAGCGCGAAGCCCGCGGGCUGCACCUGCAGGAUGAACUGCGGAGUUUUCCGAAGAGAAACACGGAUUCCAAGGCUUCCCACAGCCGCCGUCGGACCGGAAUAGGAGCCCGGGAGCCGAGGCCCCCUCCCCUGUACCGUCCGGGUCCUGCGGGGAGCUCGGCGGCAGCUGGACCCGGCGUCGGCAAGGAGCGGGGCGCUGGGGGCAGGUGGGCCUCGCCUCCUCCAGGGUCAGCUUCCCUGGAGCAGGCACAGGCCUGGCCCCCUCCGCUCCUCGCCCCGUGGCACUUCGACGGGAAGGCCCCCAGGCAGCCUGCGGCAUGAUCUCCAUCAGCGAGUGGCAGAAGAUUGGUGUGGGUACCACUGGCUUCGGCAUCUUCUUCAUCCUCUUUGGAAUACUCCUGUACUUUGAUUCGGUGCUCCUGGCCUUCGGAAACAGGCACAAGCUCAAAGGGACCAGUUUCUUCUUGGGGGGUGUGGUCAUCGUGCUUCUCCGCUGGCCCCUCCUGGGCAUGUUACUGGAAACCUAUGGAUUUCUAAGCCUCUUCAAGGGCUUUUUCCCUGUCGUCUUUGGCUUCCUGGGCAAUGCCUCUGACAUCCCCUUCCUGAGUGUGCUGUUCCGGAGGCUUCAGGGCACCAGCUCAAUGGUCUGAACAGCAGGGAUGAGCUCCUUGAACUUGGAUCAUUGGUCGAGGGGGCUGGAAAGGAAAUGGGGGCCGCCCCCACCCUGCAUUGACUCAUCUCCCCCAUCAUACUCAGACCUCUCCAAGUCCAGACGGAAGGACAGAGUUAAAUGACUGACCUCAGAUCCCCAAGUCACCUCAAAAGGCUGUGGGCAUGUUUGACAGCAGAGAUGAGGUGGGGGGCAGGUGUGGACACCAAGACCAGACUGGGGCUGGUAUCAUAUCCUGCCCUGUAUUUCUGGGAGGAAAGCAAAGAUUAAAUCGCCAAGCUGUGUGUCUGAGACUCGAA